UGCCGUAGAUUAGUCGUGUAAAACACGCGGUCUACGUCGUCCCACACGAAGAAGUCCCCGCCCAGACAAAAGAAUCACCAUGGCGCUGAAAGAGACUGCGGGGCUGUAUGAAACACUGAAAGCAGAGUGGAACAAGAAAAACCCAAACCUGAGUAAAUGUGGAGACCUCCUGAGCAAACUUAAGAUUUCAUUACUGGAGCUGAACUUUUUACCUACCAGUGGGUCCGCGCUCACUAAGCAGCAGCUCAUUUUAGCUCGUGAUGUCCUUGAAAUUGGAGCCUUGUGGAGUAUCCUCAAGAAAGACAUCCCCUCUUUUGAGAGAUACAUGGCCCAGCUUAAGUGUUACUACUUUGACUACAAGGAUGAACUGCCUGAAGCUGCAUACAUGCACCAGUUACUUGGGCUGAACCUGCUCUUCCUGCUCUCACAGAAUCGUGUGUCUGAGUUUCACACGGAACUUGAGAGACUGAGUGCACGAGAUAUUCAGACCAAUGUAUACAUCAGACACCCAGUGUCCUUGGAGCAGUACUUGAUGGAGGGAAGCUACAACAAGGUAUUUCUUGCCAAAGGCAACAUCCCUGCUGAGAGCUACACCUUUUUUAUAGAUAUUCUGCUUGACACUAUUCGUGACGAGAUCGCAGGUUGCAUAGAGAAAGCGUACGAGCAGAUCCAGUUCAGUGAAGCCACUCGUGUGCUUUUCUUCAGUUCCCCAAAAAAGAUGACAGACUACGCCAAGAAGAGGGGAUGGAUUUUGAGUCCAGAUGGCUAUUACUCUUUCACCAGUCAGCAACAGCGGACAGAAGAGGUGACCAUCCCCUCCACGGAGCUGGCACAACAGGUCAUCGAAUAUGCACGACAGCUGGAAAUGAUUGUGUAAUCCGCCCCCAGGAACACACUCAACCAUGUACAGAUGCACUCAGACACACGCCGCUGUUCCAGUAUACAUCCAGUCAGCUCGAAUGCAGUUUCCUUGAGGGAUAUGACUUCAUUUAUUGCCGGGUUGGCUGAUUUGUUGCCAAUACCUUAGUAAAUCAAUGAACGUUUAUUUUUUCUGUAUCUUAAACCUACCUGCGGGCCUUCCUGUGUGGUAGUUUUUCUUUCAUUUGAGAAGAUGGGGAACUAACAGGUGAACAGUCUGAGCAACUGCAAUAUAUCUACCUUUUUAUUAAAGACAUUAAAGGGUUUAAAUGUUACUUAUUUGAUCCAAGAUACCAUCUGUCCAACUGUUUGCUUUUUAUUGGUCAUUCCCUGGUGAUAAAAAGACAAGAACUUCAAGUCCAGAUACUACAUUUAAUAAACUUGUCUCUUCUCAGUUACAGUAACCAACCUGUGACUGUGUCAAACAACAGUUUUCCCAAAUUCAAGCAAACUCCUUUUGUAUACAAAGUUCAUUUUCAACUUAGUAGAGCUCACAGAAACGUAUUGCCCUUGCCUUGUAUCCUAGCAACAGACAGAAUUGCCAUUGAAGUUUGUGAGUGUUUUCUAAAUGGUAAUGCCUCUUCCUUCCCAGAUGGUUUGUAAUCCAGUUGAUCUUACAAUGCAAAUCUUUGUCUGCAAUAAAUGACUCAGAAAAUAAACUUUUUGAAUGAC